UGGCGAUUUUAUGGCAAUGGCCCGCCACCCCAGCCUAAAGCUAAGCAGUCAUGGAAUAGGAUGGGGCAGUCAAAUAUGGCGGUGCCGGGAAAUAUGCCAGCUGGAGCUAUGGGUGCCACAGGGACAGGGGUUAUGGGAGGAAAUGUGGCGGCCUCUAUGCCUGCUACACCUGUAGCUGCACCAUCGACGCAGCUAUUGUCGGCAGCUAAUGGACCGGUGUCUAGUGGGGUUCAAAGACCUGCAUUAUCGGCAAAUGGGAAUGUUGCGAAUACGCCUGCGGUGUCCAGGACGUCGGCAACAGCAGUCUCUGGACCAGCUGCACCUACAAACUCAGCACCGGCUCUAGCGCAAACAGCUGCAUCAGCGCUAGCUGUGAGUACAAACGUACCGCCAACUACACCCACACCUGCAGCACUAGCUACAAAUACACCUGUAGUACCAGUAUCAACUCCAUAUACUCCAAUUACAAACACAGACACAGUAAUACCUGAACGCGCAUCCCCAGCACCCAUCCGCGGCGGGCGCGGCCAGACUCUCUCCGAUGAAGACAAACUGAUCCUCCUUCAAAUCUGCCUCGAGUGCCAAAACACACUCAGAUUCACCACCAAAACCGCCUUUUGGCGUCGAGUCUGCAACCGUUUCGAGAAUGUCCGUCAUCGACAGUACAGUGCGGGAUCAUGCGAAAAGACAAUUGCAAAAUUGACUAAUGCGCGGCGCGCAGCUUUGAAAAGGGCUGGUCCGAAUGGGAAGAAAGUCAUGAGUGAUGCAGAGAGGAUGAGUUUGUUGGUUGAUCGGAUGAUUGAGUUGCAGGAUGAGAUUGAGGAGCAGACGAGAGAAAAGGAGACGAGGCUGAAGGAGAUAUAUACUAGGUUGGAGGGGGAGGCAGCAGCCAGGACGACGAAGAUGAUGGAGGCGAUGAAUGAUUAUUAUCAGUCGAUGGUGCGGGGUGAGACGCAGGUAUCCCCGUCAGGAGGAUCUAAUCAUACCCCUCAGGGAAGCAAUAGCAACGCUGCAUCUCCUGUCGAUCUCACCAACACUGAUAACAACACUACUAACAACACUAGCAAUAACAAUGAAAACCACGAUAACGAUAAUGAUAACCGCUUUGACUUUGACACAGUGGUACUAUCAGAAAUAUCCAAAAUCCGCCAAAUCCUCUCCAAAGAAGUAUCCCUUUCCGUUGCAAGUAGCGGUUUCCAAAAGGAGAGUACGGCAUCAAUGUCAACGAGAUUGGAUCGUCUGGAAGAGCAAUUUACGGAAAUGAAGAAGACGUUGGAUCAGCAGACGGGCAUUUUAAGUGAUCAGAAUACGGUGUUGAGGCAGUUGCUGACGAUGAUGAAUAAUGGGAGAAGGGUUAGUCAGGGCUCUUGGCCGCAGGUUCGGGGUCCUACGCCUCAGGGAUUUGUGCCUCAAGGAUUCCCGGGAUCAUAUCCACCGGGAUAUCCGCAGGGAGCUCCUCAAGGCCCUCUGCCUCAAGGAGUUUUACCUCAGGGUGUUCCUCAGGGUGUUCCUCAGGGAAUUCCUCAGGGAAUUCCUCAAGGAGUACCACCGCAGGGCUUUCCAUCUCAAGGACAUCCACCUCAGCGAGUCCCACCUCAAGCAAACUCCCAAGGUCCUCCACCCCAAGAAAAUCCUCAGGGACCCUCACCUCAUUCCAAAGCACAUUCAUCUCAACCCCCUCAGGUUCAAGGAGGCACCUUUGGAGUUUACAGACUUCAAGCUAGCGGUCCUCCAGCCGGCAGUUCUCAAGCCAGCAAUUCCCAAGCCAGUGGGCCUAACAAAACCUGA